AAAAUACUGUUGUCAUAGUGAUAGCGCCAAAUAACUAAUAAGACAACAAGUAACAACUAACAAGUAUACAUAAUACAAGUACUAAGUAGUGCAUCUUGCAUCAAUCUCCUUCGGGUAAAUCGGGCCUUCUCCAUCUACACGACACUGGCGAAGUAUCACAAUAAAACAUAUCACAUCACAAAUAAAAGCCAUUAAAAAAUUUAAAAAAAAAGUAAUGGAAACUAUGCUGAAUGUAAUAUAAAUAACGUAAUAGCAAAAUCAGGCGUAAUACUAAAAUGCUAGAACAGUUCGUAUUAUUAUGGUAUUAUUGUGGUAAUUAAUUGUGCCAACUAGAUGUAAAAUAUUCUAUUAUUGUCGUGUUGUAACAAUGAAUGAUUUUCUAAAAAAUAACAAGUCUUCUAAUAUAUAUUGGCUUAAGUAUCCUUUACAGCAUUUGAAUUUAACGUUAAAACUCAAGGCACAGGAGACUAUCACAUUACUUCCGAAAUUUGGAGAACAUUUAAAGCAAUCUGAGGAAGAUGCACAAAAUGUAUUACAAUACCAGGAGAAUAAUUUUCAGUGGCAGGAAAAAUUAUUUAGCCAGUAUCAGUUUACAAAAUUUGGUGAUAUUCAGAACUGUGUCUCUGAACUGGACUUGGCCUUCAAUAGAUCUAUUCAUCAAUUCAAUAAAAAGCCCCAAAAAGUUUUUACUUAUAUAAAUGAAGAAUAUGCUUUUCCAUUGCCUUUUGAAUCAAAAGGUUAUGACAAUGGGUUUUUUAGUUCUUGUUUUAAAACUUUGAACUUAGAAGAUUUUUUCAAAGAUCUUGGAAAAGGAGAAUCAAUGCGCAAUUUGUUCAAAAGUGAAGAUGAUGUAGCCCGUGAGGAAGAAUGGAGAGCAAUGUAUAUUUUGUAUGAUAAUUCAAAAUAUGACGAAGAUAACAACUUAAUAUUUCAAGAUGAGUGCCUUCUUGUAUCAAUAUACCACAAUACCAAGUAUAAUUAUAUAAUGAUAUCCCCAGAUAUUAAUAAUGAAUCUAAUCCAUAUGCUGUAGAAAGCUCCUCUGGAUAUUUGGAUUUUGAGUAUUUUAUAAAUGUAGACUUUGGCAAGACUGGCUGUGGAGAGGAGUUCGAGGAUUUGCUUAAUAAAUUGUUAAAGAAGUUGGAGAAGAAACAAAAACACUUGACAAAAUUUGUUAUGCCUCCCCUUGGAACAAGGAAAUAUUACAUAUCAUUAGAAAUAGAAUCUGCUAAGGAUUUUGAUGGUGAUAUUUAUAUAGAAUAUCAUGUGAAGAUUCCAGAAAACAUUGAGUCUGUAAGUUUACUCACAGGAAGGACACAUUUGAACAAAUUCCUAAUAAAUGAGGGCAUACGCAUGUGGACUUUUGGGCAUAUUGUGGAUUUUGAAGUUGAAGGUGCUACUGGAAUAGAUCCCUUGCCACUUAAGAUAUUCUUUGAAGUUAUAUCAGUUGACAGAUGGGGGCGACACAGGACUGAGGGUUAUACCUAUUUUCCACUGGCAUUAAUACCAGGGUAUUUCAAAAAACAGCUGUCCUGUACUAGGCCAGAGGAAUUGAACGAGAUAGAUGCUGAAAGCCGACGUUUUUUUGUUGGGGGCUGUCAUUUGAUUGAGGAUUUGGAAAUUCUUGUCAAACCUCAGCUUUAUGCGACAAACUUCAGAUUCGUAUCCACAGGCAGUAUAGCAGUUCACUGGACGGUUAUAUCUCAUUCUCAUUCCCCUGGCUGCCAUUCCUCAGAAAAUCAGUCCACUGUGCCCCAUUCCUCGAGCUCUGACCUGAUACAGGGGGCUGACGCGGUUUUAAAGCAAUAUAAGCGGGCGAAAGCAACGCUGGCUGCCGCUACUAGAAGUUUAAGACAAGCUGUGGAUUCAGAAUGAAUGAUGCCACUAUUUAUCGCCCAAUCGAUCAUCAAGGCCGCUGAGAGGGAAGUGGAAAAAUUUAUAAGUGACUAGCAGACUCGGCCAAGCGUUGCUGUGGCUAAGGUUUUUGUUAUACUACAUAGUAGUAAUCUAUUCAAGGAAAACGGUAGGAGAACACCAGUCAUGGGGAC